AUGGCUUCGUCGUCUGAUCAUCCUCACGACAGAGAAAAUAAUGACAACCAUAACAAGCCCAAUAGACCGGCCCUGAAGAUCGACACAACCAUCAUCGCACCUACUACUACCGCCCGCGCCAGCGCCGGUACUGAGGUCCCGUCUCCAGAGUCGUCGUCUCCCCCGCAAAGUGCCGUCAGCUCGAUGUCGACUGCAUCGUCCAUUCUUUCCAACUCGUCGAGAGAAUUCAUCCUGCAGCUCGCUCAUCCCAAUGCUACUGAUGGUGAACCUGACGACGGUAUCGUCCUUCUGAUGUGGCCUGUCCCUGUCUCGACUCCGGCUCCUGUGUCGUCUCCGGUUUCCCCGGCUUUGCCGGUCAAUCAGGCUGCUCCCGCUCAGAAUCAGGAUCAUGUCCAGGGGCUGGGUGACCAGAGUGCCCAGGUGACUGGGUACGAUCAGACAACUAUGGAAGAUCUCGCAACAGCUAUGGCUGAGACUGAGAUCUCCUCUGUGUCGGGCGCCGAUUGUGACGAGGGUAAUGUCGACCAUGUGGAUCAGACACUCACGAACAGCGAAAGCAACAACAACGACAUCGACCAGGAUAUAGCAGCUAAUGACCCCUGCGACCCUGGAUACGACGCCGACACUUCAACUAGCCUGGACGACGACUGUGACUAUGAGGCCAUCCACGCCUUCUGGGAGAACGUUGUCUCCGACGGCCAUGACGAUGCUGUCGAACAGGAGGAGGGUCAUGGGCAUUCAACUUCGUCGUUCGUUCAGGAGUGA